AUGCGGCCAGUUGACGUUAAGAGCAAGAAGCAUGAGAGGCUGUUGCUUUCCAGGCUCAGCAAACAAAGGCAAGAAUAUAAGGAAAAGUUGGUCAGCAAACCUCAAAACAAGUUUUAUCCAGGUCCUAGUCAGAGUAUUGAGCCUGGUGAUAAAGUGAGAAUCAGCAAGUAUAAAAAGACGUUUGACAAGGGAUAUCUAGCCAAUUGGACUAAUGAACUGUUCACAGUAAGACGUGUGCGACCUACAGUGCCUGUAACCUAUGAAUUGGAGGACUAUAGAGGUGAACCCAUUGAAGGAGGAUUCUAUUCUGAAGAAAUUGUAAAGACAAAAGUGCCCAGUGUUUUCGAAAUUGAAAAAGUGUUGAGGAAAAGAGGGAAUAAACUGUUGGUACGUUGGAAAGGAUAUAGCUCCAGUCACGACUCAUGGAUUGAUAAGAACGAUCUUGUGUAA